GUAAGAGCUGUAAGAGGAGGUAACCGAACGAACACCGACCAUUCACUCUCACCACCGCGAACCUUGCCUCUCCGACUUCAGUCUUGACUUAGUCUUACAAUUGCCUCCUCCCGGUGUGGCUGCGGCUCGCUAGUGUCCACCGUGUACACGCGUUCGUUUCACCUAUACCUCGCCAGUCCAUUGCAAAAAGGGUCGAUUCGAACGAAUGCUCUGCGAAUUUCGUUCAGCCCCCGAAACACUUACGUUAUCUUCGAACAGCGGCGAUAAAUAAAGGAAAGAAAUCGAGGCGUCGCAGGCAUAUUGAUACCGUGGAUCGAUAGAAAGUUGAGAUAAUUCGAACGAUGAUUCAAGGAAGAACAAAGUGUGGCGGUCGGUUGUUUUUCGUCACAUCAAUAUGGUGUGGAAGACUGUGAACGCAGGAGAAGAGGAAACAGAAACAAGUGCACCGGCGUGCGGUACGCUGAAAUUUUCAAAGUUCCUGCAAUAAAGUAAUCCAAAAAAAAGAAUCCAUUUUGGUUUUUUUUUUUCUUUUGUCUUUUUCUUUUUCUUUUCACUUCAUUAUGAAAUAUUACUACAAAACACCCGGUACGUGAAUUUCUCCGCUCGCAGACCGAUCGCUUUUUUUCCCUCCCCUUUUUUCAAUUCCAAAGACCGAAGGAAAACGAUACGAGAAAGAUUGAAAAAAAAAAAUAAAUAAUAUAAAAAAUUGUUAUUCGGGACAAUAGUGCGCGACUCGAAGGCUGCGGCAUCGUGAAUACGGAUUGUCGUGUCCGUCUGUUGGGAUCGAAGUAAAAAUUGCACGCAAAGAGAGAGGAAAAAGAAGAGCUCUCCUGUGGCCUGACACUUGACGCGCUGUAAAAAGUUCAAAGUUCAAAGUCAAGAGACAGAAAAUCGGUCGAUCGAGUGGCGAGGACGUAAUAAAAAGUGAAAAGGAUUCCUCUCUGCAUCGGAAUAUAUUCGAAAUUGCGCAUUUCUCUGGAGUAUGGGAAAAAAAAGAUUCGCUCAAGGAUAUAUGAGAAACAUACCUAUGCAAAAUAUGAUUUUAUAAGAGGCGCCCACCUCUAAGACAAAUAAAUGCCUGCCCACGCUGCGCGCAUGCCAAUAUACGCCAAACACGUACAACGUAAACGGUUUGAAUAAAAUCGUGCGCGCGACCUUUUUUUUUUUUUUUACUCUCAUCUUUUCAACCUGAAAUCUAACAACCGUUAAUCGUUCGAUCGGUCGUAUCGGAAGCGGAUCGUGAUAUGGUUCCGAAAAAUUACGGCCAAUCGAAUGAAGGAAAACAACCGAAAGAUCGAAUUUGAAGAGCAGAAAAAGAAGGGUGCAGGUUACAGAGCGCAACUGGAUUAUCAUUUGAAUUCGCUCUAUAUGUAAAUAAAAUGACAUUCCGAUCGCUACUGUAAUAUACAUACAUAUAUAUAUACAUGUAUACAUUAGACAAAUUUCUCCGAAAUUUUCGUUACCCAAUGUAUAUUCUAACUACAUGUACGUGUACACGUAUAUUUGUAUGCCUAAUUGCUUCGCGAUAAAGUAGUUGCGGAAGCGAAGAUCUUACGUUCGGCGCUUCGAGGCUUGUCAAAAAUCACCGUGGGGCUCGCGCGCGUAUCAUUUUUCUCCUCGCUCACCCAUUCUUCGUCUUCGUCUCGCCACGUCGAGGGAUAAUAAAUAUUGCUCAAGUGCAAUUUUAACCGCUGUCAAUUUCUCGCGACAACGUCUUUCGGUAUCGUUUAUAAUCAACGACGACGCGACCGUCAAUCGAUUAAACAAUUAUCGUUAUUAUCAAACAUGGAUUUCUACCUGAUAAAAAUCAAUCCGUGCAGAGUGUAGUGACUGCCGAAUUGUUGGAUUAUAAAAUGUUCAUCAAUCGUUAUUAUUGCAGCGGUAACAAUGAUUGCGGAAAUUAUCGUUCGGGAGAAACAAUGUGUCUGAGCCGUCAAUCGUCGAUAUCGAACCUGUUAGGAUAAUUUUGAAACGAUGAAAUAAUCAAGCGUAACUUUCGUAAAAUUGAAGUUACAACAGUGAGAACGUCGAGAGUAUACCUACGAGAGCGACAAAAUAUCAACGAUACACCGGAACAAGGGAUAACAAAACUGAACAAACAACAGUAAAAUAUCAACACCGCGUGGAAGAAGAGUUAUCGUCCCGCAGCUGCAACAACAGCUGAUCCGGAGGCGAGUGGCAAAGGUCAACGCGGUCGGCGUGAUUGAAGUGGCGGAAGCGCAGGCGAAGGGACGAAGAGGUGGGCUGGAUCCAUCGACCCGUUAGCCAUGAACCUGGUGCCUCACGGAAUUUUGUUGCAGGUUAUCGUGUGGCUACUUCAUUUUCAACAUGGAUUCAGAUUGUGCAACGGAGGAGAACCCGGAUAUUUGGACUUCGACAAUCUACCGGAGACAAAUUUCUCGUGCGUCGGCAAAGUUAUCGGUGGUUACUACGCCGAUGUGGAGACCGGCUGCCAGAUGUUUCACGUCUGUACCAUUGGACAGAAAGACGAAAUAAUGGACAUAAAAUUCUUAUGCCUGAACGGGACGGUGUUCGACCAGGAGACUCGCGUUUGCGAGCGAGUCGAUGAGGUCGAUUGUAGCAAGAGCGAACGUUUCUACAAUUUGAAUCUGGAACUCUACGGAAAUAACGCCGUCACUCUGAGCCUCCACGAAGUCUCCGACGAAGAAGGCGAACCGACGGAAUCGAUCGAAGACCAACAUUCAACCACCCCCAGGCCGACGACGACGUCGAGUACCACCACCACCCAACGACCAACGAAUCCUCCGGCGACCGUAGCGACGACCGUUUAUCAUCAACAGAACACCGGGUACUCCCAACACUAUCAGACACAGCCCCUUUACUCGACACCUCAGACGAGCCAGUCGAAAUCGCUUUACGACGACAAAAAUUCCGGAUACCAUCACCAGUAUAUAUUCCACAACGGUGACCAGGCCGCGAAUCAAGCCACCUCCUUCCAGCUGUUCAGCAAUCAGGGGGUCAGUUCAACGACGAAUCAGCCACAGGUUCACCAAGUUAGAUACGGCGACGCGAACUCGAAUCCUCAGAUAAUUCACAGCGACCCGGCGACCGUGACUCCGUUGUUUCACGGCGUCUCCUCGACUAUCCAAACGCUGCUGAACAGUAACGCCAAUAAUCCCUCCUUCAUAAAUCCCCUUUUCCACAAUCAUGGGAUACCGAGUACCACCGAACACUUCACGCUGCACAGUAACAAUCCCAGGGAGACUCAAGAGUACCACGAAGUCGGGGAGCAGCACGAAGAACGAAGACCGCUGGAAGCCCUCCAGUCCACCAAUCAGGGCAAGGUGUCGAAACUCACCAUAUCCCCCGUGCCGUCCGAACGACUCGUCGACGACGACGACGACGAAGAAGAACCGGACGACGCCGCCGACGACGAGGACGAGGACGAGGACGACGAAGAGGAAUCCACGUCAUCCGCCCAGCCCCAGAAAAUAUCCACGGGGUUCGCGCCGGAGCCAACGACCCCCGAACCCACCGCGAGGUCCUUUUACCCCACGCCGAGAACCUCCCCGAAACCGGAGUCCGCCGGCUCCACCCAAAUCACUCGGCACAUCCACCUCUCGCCACCUCCUUCCCCACCGCAACUGAAACCCCAACAAUUCACCAUCAGCUUACCACCUCCGGACAUUCAACGCAUCGUACAAAACCCCUCGCCAUUGUUACCCUCUCAAUCGAGGGUGAUCGUUACGGCCAAAGCGAGCGUUAGCGACGAGUCGGGGCGACCUUUGAAUUCUUCGGAAUUGGUGAUGCUCCCUUUGCCGACUAUACCGGCUAGUUACGACGAUUACAAGGAGGGCGACGUAUCCUUCGAUCCGUUUUAUAGGGACGUUCCGAAAAUCAGAAACUCCAGGAGUACGCCGUCGAAAUUAAUGACUCCGGAAGAACGUCGCGCGGCUGUUCGCCGAUUGAAACGGGCGGCGUCGAAAAGCGACAGCGAAUACGAGGACGACGAAGAACCGUCGGAGGACUACGAAUACCCUGGGACGGAUGAUUUGCCGGAAGACGAAGUCACCCGUCCGUUGUUCACCGAUUCGGAGGAAGCCAUGGACAUUGCCACGAUAAAAGCGAAUUUCAAGAAAUUCAAAGCUCUUUUACUGGGACACCGAUUGUCGGCGGAAGUUGCGGACGACAAAAAAAGCUCCAAGGAAUCGAAAGAAACGUAUGCGGCUACGGACGAACAAACUUCGCGACUCGGCAAAGAGAGCGAGAAAUCUUUGCCGUCUAAUCCCGAGUCUUGCGCCGAUGGGAAUUCGGAAAAUUUGAACGUAGAAGAGAAACGUAUGGUUGCCGAACUGAUGACGAUGAUGAAGAAUUUGGAAUCUGAGGACAAAGAUGAUGGCGAGUCAGCGGCUGACACGACGAAAGCAAAUCCACGCGCGAAAGAAUCGAACGCGAAAUAUCCCGAAAUAGAUUACGAAGUGGGAACGGUCAUACCCUUGAAAGUUGACAAAAAGUCGAAUGAUGAAAAGAUCGUCCAACUUGAGGAUGCAUCUGAACCGAAAUCUGUGACGACUACCGCGGAACCUGAAGUUGAGAAAUAUGUUGAAUCGGAAGUUACGCAGGUUCCGGAGCGUGAAGAGUUAGCGAAACCGACAUCUGCUACGACUAGCAAAAAACGUCCCGUUGCCGAAGAACCGACUGCCACGCUCGAAGAACUCGUUGAAACUGAACACCCGAUGAAUGUUGAAGAGGCAGAUGCUCACCUAGUAGUUGAAAAUCAGAAGGAGUCCGCACCUGUGGAGAAUAAUACCGAAAAAUCGUCUGAGAGGAUACCGGAACAUCGAGAUCCCGAAAAAUCUGACGAACAUAAACCCGCACCAGUUGUAGAUGAAAGGGUAAAGCCCGAAGAGGAAAUGAUGAUCGAUCAAUCGUACGAUGUAACCAGUCGAGAACCGGACAGUCCGUCGAAUGAGAAAAAGUAUGGCAUGGAUCAACAGACAGUGACACCGAUUUCCGAGAAUUUAAACGAAGAGGAAAUCGUCGAAGCGACUACGUCGAAGGAUGCCCGUGCAACAGGCGACAUUGAAGAAGGCGAAAAUUUCGAAUCGCCGCUGCCGGAAUCGUCGGAUUCGAUGACUAAAGUGAACGAUGAAGCCAAACUGAUGAACGCCGAGUCUGAUGCGGAACCCGAAAUGGACGCAGAUUCCGUUUCCAAUGACUCUAAGACCGAAAAAACUAUGGAAAUUACGCCCGAACUGUCCGAAGAGAGCUCGAUACCGUCACCUGAAGCUGAAAAAUCCGUCAUACCCGAUAAGAUUGAAGCGCGGGAGGCGGCCAAAGAUUCGUAUGCCUCCGACGAGGCGAGGUCCGAAGUGAAAGACCAGUCUACCGAUGGGGCGACCGACAAAAAGCCAGACUCUCUACUCGAGAAAGUCGAAUCGGCAGUUAAUGGCACGAAAAUUUCUGGGACCGGCGAAGGGCCGAGAAAAACGACGAUAUCCGGUGAGUCGAUCGAGUCCAAAUUAUCCGAAGAUCCUUUCGCCUCCGCGAAUUCGAAGGCAAGCAAGUCGAAAAUUCCGGCAGUAACUACCGAAUCACCCGGAGUAGUCGACGCCAAGAAGAAGGAAGAACUUCCGGAGGAAGAGCAGAAAUCUGUGCCAAGCGACGAGUCGGAUCGCCCGUUACAGCUGGACAUCGAGGACGAUAAAUCUGCGGAAAAGUCAUCGGAGUCUCCGAACACGGUACCAACCGGUCCAUUGGAGUGUGCAAGUCCCCCGGAGAAGAGCGAAUCGGUCGCCAGUUACGAAGACUCCAGAGGUGGCGACUACGAAGAAUAUAUUUCCGAGGAGUACAACGCCGGGUCGAAAGAGUCCGAGCCCUACGAAGUGAGCAACGAGGAAUUCGGGUCCCGAGAACCAACUUCGGAGUACGGGGAUUCUUUGGAAGAAUACCCAAAUUCGGGAGAGGACUACGUUCCUGUUAGCGAAGAGACGUCCUAUUCGAUGGAAGAUUCAUAUCCGACCGUUUCGAACGAAGAUUACAGUACGGAGGGUGUCUUGAAAUUUACGGACGAAAUUCCUGAACCUCGGAGAAAACACUCGGGUCAUCGGAACAGAGUAGCCACCCGGGCGAAGGUCAGCUCCGAGGAUUACGUAGACGACAAUUACGAGCCCGAACAUUACAGGGAACAUUCGGCUGAGAAGAAUGACGAACCCAGCGCAGAGGAGAGGAAGAAAUUAGUCGACUAUAUUGACUCUUCGAGUGAACGUAGACUCAACGACGAAGCUCUCGACGAUCCGACGACCACGACGACGACGACGACGACGGAACCAACGACCACAACUACAACCACAACUACGACGACGACGGAACCAACGACUACAACCACAACCACAACCACGACGACAACGACCGCUCGUCCAAAGCCACCCAGCCUUUUCCGACCGAUCUCUUUGAGGAAAAAUUACAAUUACAUUCCUCCCACCACCUCUCCGAAUCCGGUGGUGAUCAAGCAUAGAUUUGGAUUGUUAAACCCGCGACCUUCGAAACCCAGAAAGACCUACAAUGAAUUGGCUCCUAGGCCAGUGAUUCGGAAAAUCCAACUCACGUCGAAACCAACACCGCCACCCGAUACCACAGCGGACAAGUUAACGGUGUUACAACGGCGAAUAGACGAUUUCGAGGACUCGUCGGAAAUUAUUUGGGCUUCGCCGGAGUACAUCGACGAAGAUGAGAUACCUCGAGAAAACAAGUUAACGCGAUCCGCGAACGAAGUUAGUGCCAAUGAAUCAAAAAAUCAACCUUCGAAUGAUAAAGAAAGCGGAGAAAAGAUUUCCAACAAUUCAACCACUGGAAAAAGUACUGAAACUACCUUCGAUGUGACCUUAUCCAGCACUGAGGGGAGUCAGAGCAUAACUGCAGCUUCUUUUUCAACGCCGUAUCCUCUGCUGAAAGCUGCACAGAAGGGAAAUUCGACACCGAAAGCAAACGACGAAAGUGAAGAUCAAGUUCAAGAAGCGCCCGAAUAUUCCGAUAACUCGAAUCCCACGACCGAAGAGAGCGCCGAGGAACCAGGGCAACCGAAAAAUUUCAGAAGCGAAGAAAAAAAAGCGUCGAAAAUUGCUCAAGUUUCUUUCAAUUGCAUUGAUAAAGAGCCGUAUCGUUUUUACGGCGACCCAAGAGACUGUCGACUCUUUCAUUAUUGUUCUCCGGGAUUUACGUCAACGCAAAUGUUGGACUUUCGAUUUGUUUGCGAGGACACAACCAUGUUUGAUGAAAAUUCACAGAGCUGUCGACGUGAUCUAGAAAACCCGAAAUGUGCCAAUAGACAAUGGUGAACUUGACUCGUGCCGCAAAAUACAUGCAUCGAAUUUUUUAGUCAUGGAAUAUGUGCAGAGCUGGUGCAAAUUGGAGUUUUAUCAAGCUUAGGUAUACAUGAGUUCCUCCGUGGAUCCCUAAUAAAUUUUUUUUCUCCAACUUUCAAAGUUGAGAAUAAUUACUAUACUCAUUAUAGAUAUGUAUAUUUAAUAUUGCGAUUAAACUUUGCCGUCCGAGAUUGAUUUUGGUGAUUCGUGAAUCCUAAAAGUUCGUAGUAUAUUUAUAUAAGAUUUAGUAGACUAUUUUAUCAACUAAUUGCCAUAACAAUUUAUAAAUGCGACAUCUGGAUUCACACUUAUUAAAAUUAAUGGAAGAUUUCGAUUCCGAUUAGAAUUCUUUUUUUUUUUUUUUUAUAAGCUCAAAACGAGCAGAGAUAUAUUGAUAGUGAAAUAUAUAUUUUUUCUUUAAGUUGGAAUCGAAAUUCGGGGAGUAUUAUUUAAUUCGGAAGGGAGCUCUCUCGUACGAAGAUAUACGUUAUAGUAGAUUUGCGAACAAGUAUAAUGAUAAUAAGCUCAGUUUUGUCGCAACUUGUCAUUUAUCGAAAAAUUCUCGCACUCGUUAAAUAACUUACCCUACAUCAUAUCGAUGUUAAAAUGAUUGCAACGAAAGUAUGUUCAACUCUCUACCCGACAAAAUAAAAAAAAUGAACAGUACGCAUCCAACCGAAUUGUCGGAAAUGACCAAAUAUUGUCAGGUAAAUUGUACAGAAAUGUAUGUACAUAAAAUGAUAUGAAAACUUUCCCGCAAUUAUUACAACGCCAAGGUAGCCGGUACAAUAUUAUACUCCACGUAUAGAAUAGACCAUGAUGUAAACUUGUACCAAUAAUGUAAAGAAUAUAAACUAAAUAUAAUUAAUAAUGACCUUUGGUGUAGCUUGUAUGUAACAUUGUAUUGGUCGAUAUAGGUUAAUUAGGUAAACCUAGCCAAUUAAAUACAUAUAAAGAAGAAAAAAAUCGCUCCUACAUGCAUUGCUCAACCCUAAGAUCCGACUAAAACGCACUUCGUCAAGAUGUACAGAGAUUUUCUUUAAGUUAACAAAUAAUUUAAACAUCAUUUGCGACCACGUGUAUUUUUAAUGAUAGAUAAAAUGAUUUUAGGAUAAUAAGUCCCUUGAUGUUCCAUGAAUUUAGUAAAGAAGAAUGAAAAAAAUAUAUAUUACUGUGUGGCGCAAAUAAUAAUAGUAAAAAUAAUAAUAAAUGAAGAAGUUGUGUCAUGCACGUCAUAUAAAUAAGACAAAUACUCGUAUCGCUGUAUAUUAUAGAUUUUAAGUGUAUGUAUUUGAAAAAAAGAUUUUUUUUAUCAUCAUAUGUUAGCUAUUUUUACGGCGUAGGUCAAACUUUUACACCGGCGAAUGUCAAAAGUUUCAAAGAUCGAUUUAACGGUAAUUGUAAGUUGGGUAACUUUGUCAUAGCAAUGAAGAGAGCCCCACCUAAAUCUGAUAUAACGUUGUAUUAUAAGUUGCGACAAAACUUGCAGAUUUUCUUUAUUAUAGACUUGCGAGCGUCUCAGUUUUAUAGCAAUGUAUAUGAUAAUUAUAUGAAUUCCGAGACACUGUGUGUACGUACGUACGUAUCAGUUGUAGAUAGGUAUUGUACGUACAAGAGAUUAGGAUCUGGAGAUAAUUACAACGAAUUCUCGAAAUUCGUUGGAUAACUAUGUAUUUAAAAGAAAAAUUAUAUCACAGUAUCAUCAACGACAA